UUCCCACAUAAGCUAGCCUUGAAUAUCAAUAUACUGGAAAUCAGGCUGCUUGCCGUACAAGUGUCAUGUUCUUUACAGUCUGUCAAGGCCAAGGAGACAAAGUCUUGGUUUGUGCUUAAUUUAGUGAGAAGUUCUGCCUUGUCUCCAGCUCACCCACAGCCUUAUUUCACAUUUUCUCACUCUGGAGCGUGCCAGAGUCAACCUGAGUCACCUACAAGCUCUGCACUAAAACAGGUCCAGGACUCAGAAGCAGCUCAGGGUACUGAGGAUAGAUUGCCGCUAGCAUACAGAGCUCAGGAGCAGAGAGCAGUGAACAAAAACUUUCCAUUUUCUUCUCAUGACAACAGACACUGUCUACAGAAUGUAGGAGAGUAUUUUGAUUUGGGUAUGGGCCGGAGGAAGGUUGAACCAGAGAGACAGCAACAGAACUCGCAAAACUUCUUCCUAUGGGCUCAUGACUCCGUUCCUAGCAGCGAGGAUGGCUUAACCAUUUAUCAGACAUCAUUUGUAAAAGAUCAGAAUACCAAGAGCCCAUUUUGUAGGCGGUAUCCGAAACACCACUCAGAAAAAUGUGGCACUCACAAACCCCUUCCUGAGAAUGAAAAAAACCUGCAGCCAAACAAGUCAUCUUAAUUAUCAAAACACCUUUGUAGCAUUAUUUAUCAUCAUCUGUGCCUUUUCUUGAGAGUGGAACUACUUGUUACUCAAAUGGAUGAUGAAAUAAACAUUUGUGUAAAGAGAA